GUGUCCUCCUCCCGGAAGUGGGGCGCCAUUACGGGCAGCACCGGGCGCUGUUGCCAUGGUGACCGGGUGCGGGCUGCGGCCUAGGCCCGGCCGUUCCCUGAGGGCCGCGGGUUGCGCCCGAACCCGCUUUUAGCCUUUAUUUCUAGGCGUAAAGCGCCGAGAGCCGCGCUGCGGGAGCCUCAUGGACGGGGAAAGCGACUCCAGCGUCAGCCAGGGCUCCUCGGGCAGCCUCACGGCCGGCGACGUGCUCGUCCGCUCCACCAGCGUCCACCGGGAGCAGCCCCUGGGGGCCGGCGGCCGCCCUAAAGCAGUGACGGUUGCUGUGAAGAAGCUUCGCGGAGCGGCUUCUGCCGGCCCCGCGGCCCGCGCGGCUUUGGGGAGAGGCGGAACGCCGGCUGCUGCCCCGGCCUCGCUGCCCGGCAGGGCUCCGUGCGGCCGGCCUGCUGGUGCCGUGGCCGGCAGCGCCGCACGAGGAGUCCAGAGUGCUAAAGGACACCCAGAACAUCUUCCUUCAGUAGAAACUGCUGCAGAACCCCUCUUGGUGUCACAAAGGGAUUAUGUUAAAGAAGCUGCAGUACAAGAAAAUCGUUCAGCUCUACUGGAAGAUAACAGAAGCCCUAAAGAUGAUGUUUUUAUUUCUCAAUAUGCUACUGGCCAGAAGGAGGCUUUGAGAGCAGCAUUAAAGCAAAAAACUCAGAAUACCCCUGUAUUUAAGGAGGUGAAGGUGCAACUCUUGGGAAAUGCUUCCACUGAAAGAAAGGAAACUGUUACUCAAGACAGCAGGCCAACACGCAGGGAAGCUGAUUCUGCAACAACCAUCGCAGCAGCAACUGCUGCUGCCAUUGCUACCACAGCUCCACUUCUCAAAGUUCAAAAUGAUUUGGAAGCAAAAGUUAACUCGGUUUCAGCAUUACUUCAUAAGCUACAGGAGACCGACAGACAACUGCAGCGUGUUGCUGAACGGCAAACAAAUAUGAAGACUCAGUAUGAGAAUCCCCAGUGUCAUGAAAGAGUUGCUGAGCUUGAAAAACAAAUGAAUACUUUAAUGCAGCAACGGAUUCAGCAUUUGGAAAAGUUACAGGAGCAACAAAUGAAUAUUCAGUCUCAUCUCAUUAGCUCUGCAGUCAACGUAGGUGGCUUACAGCAAAUUCGCCUACCAUCUUCCGCUCUCAUGACAAAACAGCCUGAGAAGGCAGAACAGCAAUUGCUUACUAACAAUGAUAUGUCUUCGUGUCAGAAGAAUUUAUUUUCUAGCAGAGGUCCACCUGUCCCAGCCUAUUCAAGUCAAUUCCAGAGUAGUGGAAUUCAUACACAAAAAUCUCCUCUAAAGACACCAGUUCCUCGGAGUUAUGUUCCGGAACCUGUAUCAAAAAAUGUGAAAAUCUCAAGGAAAGAAAACCCUAUAACAGAAAAGGAAAAUGUUCCCAAAUCCACACAUGAAGGUGGAGGGAGACUUCUUGAGCAUAUUCUGAAUCCUCAAGAAACUCUAGUGAGACAAAGGGAUUCUUCUGAGAAGGCAACGUUAAACAAUAAUCAAACGAGCUGGCAUUCCAGGAUAGACAGGCCUACUGCUUUGCAUGUAGACUCAUGCCCUGCUUUUGAAAGGCCCUUCCAAAAUUGCAGUUCAAUUGAGAAAACGGUGAAAAAAGCAGAUGAUUUACUUGAAGAUCUUGGCCAGUUAAGAAAACAAAUGCACAACAUUGUACAGGAAGCAGAUUUAUGGAAAUCAGACAUGAAUGAUCUUAUUAAGUCAAAAAACCCUGCCAUUGCAUCUGAUCUUCCUGAACAUCAUCAGCUCGUUAAACCAUCCAUCCUUCAAAAUGUUAAAGCACCAAAAUCUCUACUGAGGGAAGCUAAAAGGAUUUUGAGAGGAGUUCAAAGCAGUAAAAAAGUUCUUGAAGAAAAUUUGGAAGCCAUUAUUCGUGCAAAAGACGGGGAUGCCAUGUAUACGUUUAUUAAUGCCUUGACAACGAACAGGGAUAUAUCGGAGGAGAUUCGUAUCAGAAAGACUGUGGAUGAGUGGAUUAAGGCAAUCAGUGCAGAAAUCCAGGCUGAAAUGGUAAGAAAUGAUAUGGAGCAAGUGAAAUAUGAUCAAAAGGUCCCAUGGAUCAGGAGAGCCCCUAACAUGAUGGCUAUGAAGACCAAUAAAGAAAGUAAAUCAAAACCUCAGAAAAUUCAAGGAUGCUCAACAAAGAAGCUUUUAUCUGUAGCUAAGCCGUUGCAGAAGCAAGCAGAAGAUAAGAUGAGCAAACAGAGUUCUAGAACUUACUUUUCUUCUGAAAGUUUGCAGGGGAAGGAAAAAAGGGCAGAUGGACCUGUUGGUGGAAGUGCAGUGGUACAAAAUGAAGAGUAUCUCAGCAAAGUUUAUGGAAAACCAGUUUACCAAGGCCAUCGUAGCACACUUAAAAAAGCACCAUAUCUGAGAUUCAACUCUCCCUCUCCCAAAUCUAAAAUUCAAAGACCUAAAGUGAUAGAGUGUGUUAGAGGUACAAAGGUAAAGUCAGCAAGAACACAGACUUGUUCUCAUGCACAGAAGGUAGUAACCAGUCCCAAAAGCCAGCAUCCUUUAUAUGCACUUACUCAAGAAAAUCAAUAUCUUUUUAGUCCAAAUAAAGAUGUACCAGCUGGCUGCGGUCCACUUGAAGGUCACCUAAUUCCUAUGGCUAUUCCACUGGGUCAAACCCAAAUUAGUGACAUCUCCCUGCAGCCUGCUGGAGUAGUUAUAGGUAAACCCCAUCCUGUUACAAUUACAACAUCUCUUCCUCAAGCACCACCAAAGCCUCCAGUUGAGAUAAAAAAACCAAACAUAGCUGUGAUAGAGAUGAGAUCAGAGAAAAAGGAUCCACCUCAGUUGUCUGUGCAGGUGUUACCAAAUGUAGAUAUUGACAGUAUUUCAAGUGGCAGUGGCAGUGUAGACCAUGUGCCUUCAGGCUCCGAACCUGCGCUUCCUCCUGUUGAUGCUGUAAUCCAGACUCCAGAAGAUUUACAUAGUGAGGAAGAAGACACAAAGUUUCCAGGAACAAAUUUAAUUGAUGUUACCGAUGUUAUGCAGGAUCAGGAAGAGGAGAGGGAUGAAAUUCCAGAAUUCACUGAGCCUCUUCUAGAGCUUAAUGGACAUUUUAAAGUUGCCUCGCCAACAUACAGCGGUCCUGUGUUUCCUCCAGUGGCAUCUGCUCCUCAACAAUCUUCUGAUGUUUUGGAUAAACUGAUUGAAAGGAGAGAAACUAUAGAAGACAGGUUGAUAAAUUGGGUGGAACAAGAAAUAAUGGCAAAAAUUAUCAGUGAGAUGUACCCAGUUCAGAAAGAAACAGUGCCCGGUGUUAGCACAUCAGAGGGGGAAGACAGCGAGAGUGUAACCUCUGAUAUUGUUCAGGUUGCAGGUGGUGGAGGCUUUCAACUCUUUGUCAAUGCUGGUGUACCAGUGGACUCAGAAAUGAUUAGCCAUUUUGUAAACGAAGCUCUCAGCGAGACAAUUGAGACCAUGCUGGGUAACAGGCAGGCUCAGAAAGCAGUUGCUGCUACAAACAUUGUUCCAAGUACAGCAAUUACGACGGAGUCUCUUGUGCCUACUCCAUUGCCAACACCCCAGGCCACACCACCACAAACCCCACCUUCAGAAAAAGAAUUGCCUCCAGUCAAAACUCCAGAGUCUUCUCCAUCUAUUACAGAAAUUGGUGGAGAUGUUCAUGAACAAGAAAAAAUGAAAGAAGCAGGAACUGAUAUUCCAGCUGCUGCUAGUCUUGUUGGCACACCUGUGAUCACUCCUAUCAAUACGCCUCCUAGAAUAGCCACGCCAAGUUCUCCUGCCUCAGAGUGGGUCUCUGAAGCUGCAAAAAUGGGGAAACCAAAGCCUCCAAACCCAUGGGAUGAUGCAGAACUUCCUCUGGAAGAAGAGAAACCCAGUCCUGUAGCUGAAGAACCAAUACAUCCCAGGGCUGUUGAGAUGUCAGUGGCUAAUGAUGAGGAACCAGAAGCCUUGAUUAUUCCAUCUUGGCAGUCAUCACCGAGGCCCUUCGAAUCGCUUCCUUGUGAACCACAGGUUCCAUCAGCUGCAUCUACAGUUAGUUCUGAGCAGUCCACGCAGGAAAGUAGUCUUACCCUCACAGAAACAGAAACUGCAGACAGACCCAUCUCAGAAGGGGAGGUCGUGUUCAGCUAUGGCCAGAUGCUGGCUGCAAGAGAAGGAGGACCGUCUCUUCCAAACAUCGCUGAGAGCUUAAUGAGUACUUUACAAGAUGCCAAUGAAAUGGAUUAUGAUCCUCCCAGCGAAGGGCAAGUGGUGAGAAGACACCAUAAAGGCUAUCACAGGGAUCCUGUCCUGACGCUUUUAGCCAAAUUAAAUCAAGCACCUAUUGCUGCACAAGGAGGAAUGCACUAUUUGGAGGAUUCUGAUGACAGUGUUGGGGAGCUCAGUGAAGGCCAAAGACCUAGGCUGACCAGAGCAGCAGAGAGAAUCCUAAUGGGGCACGCAGUUAAUAUGGACCACGCAGCUGCUCAGACUUCUGAGAACAGACCAUACCAGGAUUUCCGUUCUCUGUCACCAGGGCAGCUUGCCCAAACUGCAGCAGAAACUCUUGGAGAUGCUGAUAGGAGUCACAGUCCAAUGCUUAUGGCUGAACUGGAAUCGCAACCCGUUUCAAAACGUGUUCUGCAAGCAGCCCAACCAGACUGCAGCGUGACAUCUCUCACAAAGGGUUCCUCCCAGGAGGAAAGCCAAGGAGAUGCACAAAUUGUGAGACCCCGAGUAAUUCAUGUGAAAAGGAAGUCUGAAGAGAUGCAGCAAGAAGGAGAAAAUGUUGUCCCACAUUUAAAUUCACACGUUUCUGCGGCAAAGGUGUCGGUGAAGCUGCCUUCCAUGAAUACAGAUAACCCAACACAAAGUAUGAGCAGCAUACACGGGGACUCGGAUUCUUCAGGGACAGAUACAUUUUAAAGCUUGACAGUCACUGUCUGAAGGUUUUGUUUGGUACGUUUGUCUGCCUGGUGUGAUAGUCUGGAUGUUUCAUCACAAUACUGGUUUUUCAGUACUGCUUAUUUUGUACUGUUUUUCUUACAAUUUUGUUACAAUUAUGAUUGUAAAUUUAGGCAGUGAUUCUGCUUGUGAAUAUAUCCGAUAUUUUUAAGCAAAUAAAAUAAUUUUUUGGAAUCACUGUGCUAAGUCAA